AUGCGGAAAGAACUAUUGGCCGUAGUAACUGCAGUAAAACACUGGAGACCGUACAUCCUGGGGCACAAAGUCUUGUUAAGAACAGACAAUGCAGCAGUCAGCUGGAUGAAGAGUCUAAAGAACCCAACUGGCCAGGUUGCUCGGUGGCUCGAGGCAAUCGAGUGUUUCGAACUCGAAGUUCAACACCGACCAGGACGCCUCCAUACCAACUGCGAUGCUUUGUCUCGUGUGCCAUGCAAAGUUUGUGCUCGGCAAGAAGCACAGUCUGAGCUCCAUUCAUGUAACAGCUCAGACCCAACAUGCAUGGUUGCCAGCAAGAAAAGCACCGAACAAGCAUCCAGUAGCAAAGCUGAUAAUGACCAGACAACUGCUACAGAUUGGGAACCAGAUAUGCUCCGUCAAAAGCAACUAUUAGACCCUGAUAUCAUGCCCAUCCUUAGUAGUGUUGAGUCAGGCAUAAAGCCAGACUGGGCGGAUAUCACUGCACUCUCCAGCAAAGGAAAAACGCUUUGGCGCCAGUGGGAAAGACUUAAAAUUGUUUCUGGGGUUCUUUACCCGUUGAAAGAUGACCUUCAAAAGUACAUCCACCAAUGUGAUGUGUGUGCUUCUCGGAAACCAGCACCCAAGGUCAGGGCUCCACUGGGGCAAAAUCCAGUAUACAACGCAAUGGAGAAGGUCUGCGUGGAUGUUACUGGACCACUUCCUGAAACCAAAGAUGGUUUUAAGUAUAUCCUAGUAAUAAGUGAUUGGUUCACAAAAUGGGUAGAGGCUGUGCCAAUUAAAGACCAGUCUGCCAAAACAGUGGCCAUGGCAUUGGUGGACAACUUCAUUGUGCGGUCUUCACCUCACGCCAGCACUGGGCUCACACCAAACAAAAUGGUUUUUGGAAAAGAGGUCCUGUUGCCCAUGGCUGUUGUCAUCGGCACACCGGAAGAAGAAUCAACUUCCCAAGAAGACACACAUGAAUAUUUAAGACGGCCAUCGUGGUUCAAGGAGAAAAUAUUACUUGAGGAAGUGUAUAAUUCCAUCAGAUGA